AUGAAAAAUGUGACAAUGCAACCUUGGAGCGAGCAAAUUUCCAGUGACGGCCGCACUUAUUGGUAUAAUAAGCAAACAGGAGUAUCUCAGUGGACCGAUCCAGAAGAUGAGAAAACCCCUCCAGAAAAAAAAUGGAGAGAAAUGAAAGAUGAAGAAAAUCGAAUUUAUUAUUUUAAUACGGCAACACAAGAAUCACAAUGGACUAAGCCAGAAAGCUUUGAUGAAAAGUGGAACAAGAUGCAAUUCAUUAAAGAAGAAAGACAUAAUUUUUUCAUUAUGCUCAGCAGCUCUGUUCCUAGACAAUUAAAUCCAAUUUCCCAAAGAACUCCAGCUAUAUAUACUAUGGCAGAAUUGACUUCGCGCUUUGAUACUGAUCCACGUUUGAUUAUCACUCCACAAAAACGUCGAGAGAGAUAUUUAGACGAAUGGAUUAUACUUGAAAGAAAACGAAGAGUAGAGUUAGAAAAAGCUAUGAUUUCGCACUCAAUGGAUGUUGUCAGAGAGAGAUUAUUGCAAAUGAGCCAAGCAGGACAAAUAAACAUAAAUACUCGAUGGGAUGACAUAACAAUCAUCCUUAAAACUGAUCCAAAUUGGCGAAUUUUAUUAAACUACGAUAGAAUUCAAGUUUUUUCAGACGUCAUGAAAAUUUUAUAUCAGGAAUACGAUCAACAGUAUAAUGAUCAAAUGGCUGAAGUUAGGAGACAAGAAGCUAUCAGAAGAAAACACUUUGAAUUCGCUUUAAAGAAGUUUUUGAUGUUAUCAAAGAAAAACGUACUUAAUUUAUGUUAUUAUGAGAUAGAAGACGAAAUAAAAGCACUUCCUGAAUACGAAGAACUUGCAUUAAACAUCUCUGGAAGCACAGCCGAAGAUAUUUAUUACGAUAUUCAAGAAAGUAUACAAAACGAACUAGAAUCACGUGCUCUCUCAAUUAAAAUCAAUGAUGAUCAACUUCAAUACGAUACUUUUACUUCAAACCAUGAAAAAGAAUUAGAUGGAUUAUCUGAUGAGGAAAAGUUAUUUGUAUUUGAGUUUUGCAGGAUGAAUUAUGUAUCAUCGAAGAUAAACUCUCAAAUACAUGAGAAAGAGUCUAGAAAAGCCUUGAUGCGUCUUUAUAAAUUAACUCCUCAAUUGGCAACAUGUUCAAACUAUAAAGUAGCUAAAGAAUUACUUCAUAAUAGAGUUGAAUUCGCUGCCGUUGAUUCAGAUGAAGUAAGAAAUGAAAUUUUCCAACAAUUCGUUAAAUGGAACGAAAGCAGAAAGUGCGAGCUUGGUGAAAUUAUCCCAGAUGAUAGUGACUGGGAAGAUUUCACACAUUUGUUCGAAAAUGAGCUCAAGAAAGGAAAUUUAUAA